AUGGCGGAUUCCUCAAAUGGCCCUGCAAGUUUCUCCACUCAGGCCAAUGCUUUGCUUAGGAAAAAUGUGACCUUUCAGAAACGCAAUAUCAGAUCAAAUCUUCGUUUGGUCAUAUUUCCAUUUUUGCUGUGUUUGGUGCUUAAUCUGAUCCAAGUAUUGGUCAAUAGAGAAUUGGAUAAACCCUCAUUCAGAUGUGGCUGCACUUGUGUUGACACUGAUGGGGAUGGAAAAUGUGAGGAAAAAUGCGGAAUAGAAUAUUCGUCUAUGGAUCAAGCACCAUUUUGUCCCAUUCCCAGCCCCCCGGAGUGGCCUCCAUUGUUACAAAUACCAGCUCCUCAGUAUCGUGCAGUACAAGCAGAUUUUAUUCCGUUUGAGGAUUUGCCCAGUGAUUCGUGCAAGAAGACUAAUUCUUGUCCGGUGACAAUACUUUUGACUGGCAGUAAUCUUACUCUUGGGCAAAGUCUGAGUGCAAGCAUGAUCCCAAGUUCACUGACUUUAAAUGCCUCUGAUAUAUUUUACAGUAUGGCCAACAAUGUUUUGGGGUCAGCGUCGAAGCCUGAUGUAUCAAACUUUAUUGAACCAGCUUUCUCUUCUGAUUUACCUCUAUAUUACCUCCAAGAACAUUGUGCUUCCAAUUCGUCAUUUUCAGCUUCCUUGCCAAUAGGUCCUGCAUCAUUCGAACAAGAAAUCAGUUGCAUACGUGGUUUGAAUUUGUGGCGAAACAGCUCUUCUGAGAUAAACGAUGAACUUUAUAAAGGUUAUAGGAAGGGAAAUUCACAAGGAGCCAUCAAUGAGAUAGUUGCAGCCUAUGAUUUCUUAAAUACAGACACAACAAGAUUUAAUGUGAGUAUAUGGUAUAACUCUACAUAUAAGAAUGACUCUGGCAACACUCCGUUUUCAUCGACAAGGGUGCCUCGAUCAGUUAACUUGGCAUCAAAUGCUUACCUUCAGUUUUUGCUUGGGCCUGGAAGCAAAAUAUUGUUUGAAUUUGUGAAGGAAAUGCCAAAGCCAGAGACACGCAUCAGGCUGGAUUUUUCUUCCCUGCUUGGACCACUAUUCUUUACGUGGGUUAUCUUACAACUAUUCCCAGUUGUGCUCACAUCUCUGGUUUAUGAGAAACAAAAGAGGCUUAGAAUAAUGAUGAAAAUGCAUGGCCUCGGAGAUGGGCCCUACUGGAUGAUUUCAUAUUCUUAUUUUCUUUUAUUGUCAACUGUGUACAUGGUAGUUUUUGUCACCUUUGGGUCGUUAAUAGGAUUAAAUUUUUUCAAACUGAACGACUACAGUAUCCAAGCCGCAUUUUACUUUAUCUACAUAAACUUGCAAAUUUCAGCGGCUUUUCUCGUGGCUGCUUCGUUCUCAAAUGUGAAAACUGCAACAGUUGUAGGCUAUGUAAUAGUCUUUGGAACCGGUCUCUUGGGUGGAUUUCUUUUCCAGUUCUUUCUUCAAGAUUCUUCAUUUCCAAGAGUCUGGAUCAUUGUAAUGGAGUUAUUUCCUGGAUUUUCCCUUUACCGUGGCUUGUAUGAAUUUGCACAAUAUGCUUUCGCGGGUACUUACAUGGGAACUGUAGGAAUGCGAUGGAAAGAUCUGAGUGAUGGAAAUAAUGGAAUGAAAGAGGUCCUAAUUAUCAUGUCUAUUGAAUGGUUGGUAGUUCUUUUUGUGGCUUUUUACUCUGACCAAGUUGUAUCUACUGGAAGAAGUCCCAUCUUUUUCAUCCGAAAGAAGACCCAUUCAUCAUUCAGAAAGCCAAGUUUGGAGAGGCAGGGUUCUAAAGUUUUUGUUCAGAUGGAGAGAUCUGAUGUGCUCCAAGAGAGGGAAAAGGUCGAACAAUUAUUACUUGAGUCAAGCAAUCAUCAAGCUAUUAUCUGUGACAAUCUGAAAAAGGUAUAUCCUGGAAGGGAUGGAAACCCAGAAAAAUUUGCUGUGAGAGGACUUUCACUUGCUCUACCUCGUGGGGAGUGCUUUGGUAUGCUUGGUCCCAAUGGCGCUGGUAAAACUUCCUUUAUAAAUAUGAUGACUGGGCUUAUAAAACCAAGCUCGGGUACCGCUUAUGUUGGAGGGCUUGACAUCCGAAAUCAGAUGAGUAGCAUAUACACUAGCAUGGGUGUUUGCCCACAGCACGACCUGCUGUGGGAAACACUGACGGGAAGGGAACACCUACUCUUUUAUGGACGACUUAAGAACCUCAAAGGCGCUGCACUGACCCAGGCAGUGGAAGAUUCUCUUAAGAGUGUAAACCUCUUUCAUGGAGGUGUUGCCGACAAGCAAGCAGGGAAAUACAGUGGAGGCAUGAAACGAAGGCUUAGUGUUGCUAUCUCACUGAUCGGAAAUCCCCAAGUUGUUUACAUGGACGAGCCUAGUACAGGACUAGAUCCAGCCUCAAGAAGUAGUUUGUGGAAUGUUGUGAAGCGCGCCAAGCAACACACAGCAAUUAUUCUUACAACUCAUUCAAUGGAAGAGGCGGAGCAUUUAUGUGACAGAUUGGGAAUCUUUGUAGAUGGGAGUUUGCAGUGUAUUGGCAACCCAAAGGAGUUGAGAGCUAGAUAUGGAGGUUCCUAUGUCUUUACAAUGACAACAUCAAUGGAUCAUGAAGCAGAAGUGGAGAACUUAGUGCGACAACUCUCCCCGAGUGCAAUCAAGACGUACCAAAUCUCUGGAACUCAAAAAUUUGAGUUGCCAAAGAAUGAGGUGAAGAUUGCUGAUGUUUUCCAAGCAGUUGAGAAAGCUAAGAGCAGAUUCACAGUCCACGCAUGGGGUGUGGCUGAUACAACCUUAGAAGAUGUCUUCAUUAAGGUUGCUCGUGGAGCUCAAGCCUUUAAUGUUCUCUCCUGA